AUGGAAAUCGCUUACCCAAUGUUUGAGAAAGACAGCAGGGAUCAUACUAUGGUCGAAAUAGACUACGAUUAUCGAUCCACCAUUUGUGGUAUAGUCAUCGAUCCUAAAUGGGCUUGGGUGGCAUUUUUCUUUAGUUCUGAUACCGCCCGAGAGCUCUUUCUGUAUGAUCAAACCAUGCUGGGAUUAUGGUCUGAGGAUUCACAACAUGUAUGGAUGGGUGUUGAAAAAUUCUUUGAGGUUCGCUUCAACCUACCCACUGAUACGGUGGCCUUUGAUUGUCAUAGGCAUCCCGGUGCCUACUGA